UAUUGAUCUCUUUCAUUAUGUUGCACCCUUUCUGUCAUUACGCCCAACUUUUUGCCUUGGUCAAGUAAAUCACAUUUAACCGUUGUCUAAAUGAAAAGUUGUAUUGGGCUGAACUAUUGUGCUUUUGAGGACUGUCAAAAUGAUUGAUAAGGACAUCCUGUGUCAGGAAUCAAACAUGAGUAAAAUGGAUACCCACCUGGCCACAAUAGCUUGCUUGUGUUUUAUUUUUCUUCCGACAUUCGCUAUAAUAAGAUGUGCUCACAAUAAUAAACCCAAAACUUCGAGGUUUCAUUUUGUCGCUGCUUGCACCCAAUCGAUUAUGAAAGUAAUCGCAUCCAGCUAUAUUAAUGACCUGCAAGCAUGUAUGCAAUUCGCAGUAAGGUACAGAGGAAUGGCUAUUAAUUUCAGUCAACGAGAAAUGCUGCACAAAGUGGUCAGAAAUUAUUCAGGACCAACGUGCAUCGUAUACGAUUGUCCUGAGUUUGAUGUAAUGGAUUCUGUAGAAUGGAAUACGGUAUUUGAUUACUAUAGUUCAUAUGCAAGACCAAUACCCAAAACAAACGUCAGUUGCAUUCCAAAAGUUGGCGUGUACCAGUUACACAAAGAAAGAAAGAAUUAUACAGAGGCAGAGGAAAUUUGUGAGGAAGAAGGCGGUUUCUUGGCAGACAUUACUUCAGAGAUGUACACAGUUCAUAUAACAUCGCUGAUUUCAUCUCAAAAAGUUAAAAAGGCAUACAUCGGCUUAUAUGAAAAUGAACAAACUCGCGAGUUUGUGACUUCACAGGAUGUCCCGUUGAACUGUAUCCAAUACCGAGCAUGGGCACCUGGCGAACCGAAGCCCACUAAAGAAGAACGGUGUGGAGUGGUCACUCCAAAUCGCCAAUGGAAAGCUGUGCCUUGUAAAAAGCGGUUCCCUUUCAUAUGUGAGAUUUCCCCUUCGGGUCCGUACAGACCAUGUAGAAAAAUAAGAAACAAAAGAAAAAGACGACAGUGCAUAAGAAAAUUUAAAAGGUCAUUUCCCAGAAAAAACCGAAGACCUAAAUGUGGCGACCCUUCGGUAAAAUACAAUUAUUUUGAAAUCGAUAAUUACAAUGAACAACAUGAUGAACACAAGGAAAACAACAGCACAACAACUCCAAAACCAUCUAAAAGACCAAAAACCAGACAUCAUUAGUAUUAAAUGAGGAAAUUUAACUUCUAAAGUUAAAGAGAAUAUUUUUGUUCAAGUGAAGAUUAAAUUUAUAACAUAUA